GUGCUGAAGGGCUUUGGUCUUGCUAAGACCAGUUUUUGUGGUUUCUCCUCCUCUUAGGCCUGACGCUCUCUGCCAAACCGGAUGCGAGGGGCAGAGACAGAAGGGGAGCUGAUCACACCACGCAGGUGUGCGGCGAACAAGGGAAGCCCCCAGGCACCUGCGGGCUUUGUGUUUGCUGCAGUGAGCCCGGGCGGGUGAGCACGGCCUGUUUGCCGAGGGCAUCCGAGUCACAGCCGGCCCGACACCGGCGGGUCCUGCCCAGAGAGGCGUCCGCUUCUCCUCGUCCAUCCUCAGCCCAGUAAACCACAACAGCUGUGGCAGGCGAUGGCAGCAAGGAGGAACUAAACUUCCCUUCCCCUUUCUGGGAAUUGGUGUCUGCUUAGUUUCAGACUAAGAGAACGCGUUGUACCCCAUGUACUUCUGCGCAACCUUGGGGCAGUUUUGCUCACGCUUGUCUUCUGUGUGAAUUCACCAAACUGCCGGAGCGUGCACAAGGGCGGCUGAGCCACGCCCCGGGGCCGGCACGGUGGGCUUUGUGCGGGGGGGUCUGCGGGCUGCGGCCCGAGCCGAGGGGAACGUUCCAGCCCACGCCCUGCGGGCCCGCAGCCGCACGGGCCCGGGCCGGCCCCGCGCGUGCGCCCGCCCCUUCGCGGCACCCGUAGGAGCGCUCGGCGGCCCCGCCCGCCGCUCUCGGGAUUUAAUUACAGGGGCCACUCGGCCGCGCGAUCUCCGGCACCGCUGCAGCUCCGCCGACAUGGCGUCCACCAGCCGUUUGGAUGUACUUCCGAGGGUGACUUGCCCAAAUCAUCCAGAUUCCAUUUUAGUGGAGGAUUACAGAGCUGGUGAUAUGAUUUGUUCUGAGUGUGGGCUAGUAGUAGGUGACCGGGUCAUAGACGUGGGGUCGGAGUGGAGAACGUUCAGCAAUGACAAAGCAACCAAGGACCCAUCUCGAGUCGGGGAUACCCAGAAUCCUUUGCUCAGUGAUGGCGACUUGAGUACAAUGAUUGGCAAGGGCACAGGUGCAGCAAGUUUUGAUGAAUUUGGGAAUUCAAAGUACCAAAAUCGCAGAACUAUGAGCAGCUCUGAUCGUGCGAUGAUGAAUGCUUUUAAAGAAAUUACAAACAUGGCAGACAGAAUCAACCUCCCUAGAAAUAUAGUUGAUCGAACAAAUAAUUUAUUCAAGCAAGUGUAUGAGCAAAAGAGCCUGAAGGGGAGAAGUAAUGAUGCUAUUGCUUCUGCUUGUCUCUACAUAGCCUGUAGGCAAGAGGGCGUUCCAAGAACAUUUAAAGAAAUAUGUGCAGUGUCCAGGAUUUCAAAGAAAGAAAUAGGCCGGUGUUUUAAACUUAUUUUGAAAGCUCUGGAAACCAGUGUUGAUUUGAUUACAACUGGAGACUUCAUGUCACGAUUCUGUUCUAAUCUGGGUCUUCCCAAACAAGUACAAAUGGCAGCAACACAUAUUGCCCGUAAAGCUGUGGAAUUAGACUUGGUUCCUGGGAGAAGCCCUAUCUCUGUAGCAGCUGCAGCUAUUUAUAUGGCAUCACAGGCUUCUUCAGAGAAAAGGACACAAAAAGAAAUUGGUGAUAUUGCUGGUGUGGCCGAUGUUACGAUUAGACAGUCAUACAGGCUGAUCUAUCCUCGAGCUCCAGAUCUUUUCCCAGCAGACUUCAAGUUUGAUACCCCAGUAGACAAACUACCACAACUGUGAGAUGGCAGAGGGUUAAUUUCUAUUAACCCAACCCCCCCAAAAAAAACAACAAAAACAAA